AGGAGAAAAAACCGAUCAAGUUUAUUAUCAUCCAUAAAAGUUAAUGAUUUGCGUCUUGAUAAAUGUUUGUUGUUGUUGUUGUCGUUUGAAAACACGUGCAACAUUUUAUUUAUCUUGUAGUUUUGAUCGAAUUGAUAAAAAAAACUGGAUAAAAUCUUGCUUUUUUUCAGUGAUGAUGAUAUUGAAAGAUGCUUAAUCCUUUUGUUCAAAGUAUUUUAAUAACAUCAUCAUCUCCACCUUUAUCACCACCAUUACAAUCAUCAUCAUCAUUUCAUCAUCAAUAUGAAUAUGAACGACAAUUAAAAAUGAAUUAUUUUAGCCAUCAACAUCAACAACAACAACAUCAAGAAUCAUUUCGUAUUAAAAGAGAAAUAUUUGAUCAUUCAGAUUCAAUGUCAACAACAACAACGUCGACAUCGAUAUCACCAUUUUCAUCUACAUCAUCUGCAUCAUCAUCAAAACAGGAAACAAUGUUAAAUAUUGGUGAUUUGCAGACGCAACAACAACAAAAUUCAACAUUGAUUGAUCGUCAAACAAUGUUUGUUCCAACACAAUCAUUAACGGAUAAUCAUCAUCAACAACAACAACAUUUAAAAACUGAUUUAUUUUCAUCACCACCAUCAUCAUCUACAUUUGAUGAAACACAUAUGGAUGAUGAUCUUCAACAAUUAACAAAUUUAAAUCCAUCAUCAUCAUCAUCGGCGACAAUAACAACGACGUCGUCGACAACAACAACAACGUCUUCGACAUCGUUAGUUGCAACUGCGGCUACUGUAACAUCAAUGUAUCAUCGUGCGGCGGCCGCAGCAGCAGCAGCUGCCGCUGCUGCAGCCGCAGUUUCUGUCAAUGUUGAUCAUCAUCAUCAUAGUCAUCAUCAACAUUUAAAUCAUUUGAAUACAAAUUAUUCACCAUCACAUCAUCAUAUUGCACAGCCACCACCAUUAUCAUCACAUCCGCAUCAUCAUCAUCAACAAACAAAUGAUUUCAAUAAUACAACAUCAUCCGCAUCAAACGCAUCAACAACAACAACAACAACAUCGGUUGUUGGAUCAGCAAUGGUUGCUGCGGCUGCUGCUGCACAUCAUUAUGGACAUUUAGCAACAACAAUCAAUCCAACAAUACAUCAUCAAAGUGCUGCAUUAUUUCGUUAUAUGUGCCAUAAUAAUAAUAAUUCAUCAUCAACAUCAUCAUCACCAACAACAACAACAACAUCGACAAUAACAACAAACAAUUCAAAACAAGAAUUAAUAUGUUUAUGGAUAGAUCCAGAACAAUUAUUGCCUUUGAAAAAACCAUGUAAUAAAAUAUUUCAUUCAAUGCAUGAAAUUGUAUCACAUAUUAGUAUUGAACAUGUUGGUGGACCUGAAUGUUCGAAUCAUACUUGUUUUUGGAUUGAUUGUCCACGAAAUGGACGACCAUUUAAAGCAAAAUAUAAAUUAGUUAAUCAUAUACGUGUACAUACAGGGGAAAAACCAUUCCCUUGUCCAUUUCCAUCAUGUGGUAAAGUAUUUGCACGUAGUGAAAAUCUUAAAAUACAUAAACGAACUCAUACAGGUGAAAAACCAUUCAAAUGUGAAUAUGAUGGUUGUGAAAGACGUUUUGCAAAUAGUUCGGAUCGUAAAAAACAUUCACAUGUACAUACAAGUGAUAAACCAUAUAAUUGUAAGAUAAAAGGUUGUGAUAAAAGUUAUACACAUCCUAGUUCAUUACGUAAACAUAUGAAAGUACAUGAUAAUAAUAAUUAUAAUAAUAAUAAUAAACAACCAAUGUCACCAUUAUCAUCAUCAACAACAACAACAACAACAAAUAAUAAUCAUCCUCAUCAACAACAACAACAUUUAUCAAUGGAUAAUAUUAUUGGACAUAAUUUGGAUCAAACAUCAAUGACAAGUGGUGGUAAUGGAUAUGAAAGUGAUAAUGGUGGUAUCAAUAAUAACAAUGGCCGUACAUCAUUAUCAUCAACAUCAUCAAGUCCAUCAAUUAGUAAUAAUAGUAGUAGUAAUGGACCAUCACAUAAUUAUCAACAACAACAUAAUCAUCUACUUACCGCAACAGCAACAACAACAAAUUCAUAUUUAUCAUCAUCAUCAACAUCACCUCAUCAUCAACAACAACAACAGCAUCUAAAACAACAACAACAACCGCAACAUGCAAAUUUUACAAUGUCACCACCAUUAUCAUCAUCAUCAUCAUCAACAACAUCAUCAUCUAUAACACCAACAAUGGCAGCAACAUCAAUGUUAGCAUCAACAUUAGCUGUAAAUAAUAUAAAUAAUAGUGGCGGUAAUGGAUUAAUAACGGAUCAACAUAUGUUGAAUCAUAAUCAUCAAACACAUCAUCAUCAAACAAAUGGACAUCCACAUCCUCAUCAUCCACAUCAUCAAUGGUAUCAUACAAUGUCACAAACAACAAAUACAAUGGUUCCAUUUGGAACACAUGGUCAUGGUCAUGUAUCUAAUGGACAUUUACAUCAUACAUCACCAUCAACAACAAAUCAUAAUCAUCAUUAUGAAACAACACAUUUAAAUCAAUUAAAUCAUCAUCAUCAUCAUCCUGCAUUAAGUCAUCAUCAUCAUCAUCAUCAUACAGCAUUAACAUCACCAUUCCAUCAUCAUCCACAUCAUCAUCAUCCGCAUCUAAAUGCUGCAAUUUCAUAUUGAUUUGAUUUUGAAACAAACAAAAAAAAAUUGAAACAUAUUUUACACGCACACAAAAGAUGCCUAGUCAAAUGAAAAUAUGCACAACUGAAGAAAACAACUUUCACAUCUGCCAUAGAAUCAUCAUAAAUAAUAAUAAUAUUGUAUAUCCAAAACAAACAAAACAAACGAAAAAUCUCAUUAUUCUCAUUCAUAGCUUUAUCCCAAUUAAUUAAUUGAUGUUUUUGUGUAAUCACAAAAUUGCUGACAUUGGCGGAAAAACAACAACAACAUUGAUUCAGAUU